AUGGAGCAUCGACAACACGAAAAAGCCCUCUUGGUGGCCACGGCGGCUGGCUCCGUGGGUGCCCAAGCGCUUGGUGGUGCUGCCGGUGGCGCAGCCGGGAAGCUGGUAGAAAUGGCGGGGGAAGGUGGGAGGCCGCGCACGGUGCCACAGAAGGGCAGAAGACGCGGUAAGCACGACAGGAGGACCAAUGACGGCACGUACCAUGACGACCCCUACACUUUGGAGCAUCUCGCGUUAUGGCUAGUCUUAACAAUUCAUUUCCACCAUCGUCUAGACUGAAGCCCGGGCCCGUGCUUGUUUCGGUCUUGGUGCGAUGUGUGAAGUUCCUUAAGACACUGAACUACCGAGAGGCUUUCGUAAUUGAUAAGGCAGGGGGGGAGGCGGGGUGUAGACAUAUCUUCAAUCGCUAAUAGCGCACCUUAUCGGGGGUGAGUAUCUAGCCAUCGCAACCGAAGAAGAAGCGAGCGAAGACCCAUACUGGAACUGGAAGCCGAAACUUCUUUUCAGGGGUCCGAACUACAAAAUGCGACAAAGAGCGCAGAGGCACCUGCUCAGGAUCCGGAAGAUCAACAUGGAGGCGGCCCUUAUUAAUGCUGAAAAGACGCGCAUGGAAAAGGAGGCCAAAUUACUACAAA